GAUGAGGGGCGUAAGAGGCUGGUCCCUGCUGUUCGAUGCUGCCGAAAGGCUAUACUAGCGGACUGCCGCCUUACAACGAGUUGCUGUGAAACGGUGGCAUCUGCACUACAGCUGCCCGACUCCCAGCUGAGAGAGCUGGACCUCAGCGGCAACGCCCUGUUGGACCUGAAGUCCCUCUCUGUUGGACUGAGGAGUCCCAACUGCCGACUGGAUUCACUUAACCUUAGCCAUAUCAACAUGGGAAGAUCGGGACCAGAGCUUCUAAAGGCUGUGCUGAUGGGUGCUCACAGCCAGCCACUUGUGUUGAGACUCACCAGUUGUGAUCUCAAAGAUGACAUUUGUGAAACCGUUGCCUCGGCUCUCCAUUCAGCUGUCUCAUGUCUGACAGAGCUGGAUCUCAGCUACAACAAACUGACAGACACAGGGGUGAAGCAGAUCUCCAGUGGUCUUAUGAGUCCACACUGUAACCUGAAGAUACUGAGAGGAGUCCUGUGGAAGUUUGUCCUCUGCUAUAGCAGUCUGUCAGCUCGAGGAGCUACGUCUGGGCUGCAACAAACUGGGCGACUCUGGAGUAAAGCUGCUGUCUGCUGGACUGAUGGAUCCACACUGUCAGAUACAGACUCUGGGGCUAAGGGAGUGUAAUCUCUCCAGACGUUCCUGUGUCUCCCUGGCUCCUGUCCUGUGGUCAUACUCAGUACUGAGAGAGCUGGACCUGAGAGACAACAGCCUGUGGUACUCUGGAAUGAGGCUCCU